UAAUUAUAUUUACAAUAAUUUUUAUUGUAUGCAUCUCUUUAAUAUACUUUAUUUAUUUACCUAAUAAUUUAAUUUCCAAUUCAAAUGAUAAUAAAAUUAUCUCAUAUAAUUCUAAAAAUAAAUUCCUAACUUGAAAAUGAUAACAAAUCUAUUUUCAAUCUUUGACCCAGCAACUACAAUCUUUACAUUACCAUUAAAUUGAAUAAGAUCAUUUAUAAGAUUAAUUAUUUUACCAUAUACAUUCUGACUAAUUCCUUCACGAACUAAUAUAAUAUGAAUUCAAUUAACAAACUUUAUUAAUAAAGAAUUAAAAAUUUUAAUCAAUAAAAACGCUAAAGGAAGAAAUAUUAUUUUUACAACUAUUUUCAUAUUUAUUAUAAUUAAUAAUUUUAUAGGACUAUUCCCAUAUAUUUUUACAAGAUCAAGACAUAUAUCAAUAACUUUAAGAUUAUCUCUUCCUUUAUGAAUAUCUUUAAUAAUUUUUGGGUGAAUAAAAUUUUAUAAUAACAUAUUUGCCCAUAUAGUACCAAUAGGAACACCAUCCAUUUUAAUACCUUUUAUAGUUAUAAUUGAAUCAAUUAGAAAUUUAAUUCGCCCAGGUACAUUAGCAAUUCGAUUAGCAGCAAAUAUAAUUGCAGGACAUUUACUUAUUACACUAAUUAGAUCUACUGGACCUUCUUCAAGAACAAUUUUAAUUAGCUUUAUAGUAUUAGCUCAAAUUUUACUUCUAUCUUUAGAAAGAGCUGUAGCUAUUAUCCAAGCCUAUGUUUUUUCUAUCUUAAGUACUUUAUAUUCAAGAGAAAUUAAAUAAAAUUUAAAUUUUAUAUAAAUGUCAAUAAAUAAUCACCCUUUUCAUAUAGUAGAAAAAAGACCCUGACCUUUAACUUCUUCAUUAGGAAUAAUCAUUAUAACUAGAGGAUUUAUUAAAUGAUUCCAUUAUAAAAUCUUAUUAAUAUUUUUACUAGGAAUUUUAAUUAUAAUUUUAUCAUCAUACCAAUGAUGACGUGAUGUAACACGUGAAUCAACAUUUCAAGGACUCCAUUCAAAAGAAGUAUAUUUAAAUAUAAACUGAGGAAUAAUUUUAUUUAUCACAUCUGAAGUAUUUUUCUUUUUAUCAUUUUUUUGAGCAUACUUCCAUGCAUCUCUUUCUCCAAAUAUUGAAAUUGGAAGAAUAUGACCACCAACUGGAAUUAUCCCAUUUAACCCAUAUCAUAUUCCUUUAUUAAACACUAUUAUUUUAAUUUCAUCUGGAGCGAGAAUUACAUGAUCUCACCAUAGAUUAAUUAAUAAAAAUUUUAAACAAAGAAUAAUUAGAUUAACUACAACAAUUACUCUAGGAAUCUAUUUUAGAAUCUUACAAAAAUAUGAAUAUAACGAUGCAUAUUUUACUAUUGCAGACUCCAUUUAUGGAUCAACAUUUUACAUAGCAACAGGAUUUCAUGGAAUACAUGUCUUAAUCGGAACUAUAUUUUUAAUAGUAUGUUUAAUUCGACUUAAAAAUAAUCAUUUUUCUAGAAAUCAUCAUUUUGGUUUUGAAGCUGCUUCUUGAUAUUGACACUUUGUUGAUAUUGUAUGACUAUUCCUAUAUAUUUCAAUUUAUUGGUGAAGAUUUAAUUAAUUUAAAUUAUAAUUAAUAUUA